AUGAAAGACACACCAGAACACAAGCAGCAUGUCGAGGAGGAGCUGGAAAUCGCACAUCGUGAGCACGUUCACGUCCCCGCGGGCUACGAAGACCCCCACAGAGCCGCGCUAGAAGACAACCCCGAACAUGCCGAAAAACUCACGUUACCUGUCAUUCUCUCCGCACUGUUUCUCGGUACCUCCUUCACAGGACCUAUCAUGUUCGGCUUCAUCCUGGUUACUCCUAUCCUGGUCCAGCUCUCACAGAAAAUCGGAGGCGAGAACAUUAGCUUCUGGAUCCCUUCAGGAUGGGGCGCUGCUGCUGCUGUAGGAUUCUCAGUUGCAGGGAGGCUAUCUGAUAUCUUCGGGCGAAGACCAGUCAUCCUGUUUGGCCAAUUCUUGACCGUUAUAGGCGGCAUUAUUGCGUGUACGUCGAAGACGAUGAACCAGCUCAUCGCAGGCGAAGUAAUCCUUGGGGCAUCGAUUGGAACAAUCUCUGUUGCAUACGCCGGCAUCUCCGAGAUCCUGCCCAACAAGUAUCGCGGCAUAGGCCUGGCCUGGACUGAGCUCAAUCUCGCAACAUGGGCCGUCCCAUCGACUAUCCUGGCCAACGCUAUGAUCUCCAACGCAACGUGGAAAAUCAUGUUUUACCUGUGCAUCGGCUACGGCGCCUUCUCCUUGAUUGGCACGUUCUUCGUGUACUUCCCGCCCAGCCAUCCCCGACCCGACGGCAAGACCAAAUGGCAAGAGUUCAAGGAACUCGACUUCAUCGGCGCGUUUCUCUUCGUCGCAGGGCUGGUGGUCUUUCUGUACGGCCUCGAAUCCGGCGGCAACACGUAUCCGUGGGAGAGUGCGGGUAGCUUGGCGCCGCUGGUUCUGGGCUUCUUCGUUUUCAUCUCGGCGUUUGUGUACGACGCGCUUGUGCCCAUGGACCCGCUGUUCCCGUGGUAUUUGUUCAAGAACUUCCGCGAGUUCUCCGCCCUUAUCGUGCUCGUUUUCGUCGCGGGCAUGGUGUUCUUCGCAGCCUCAGCGUUGAACGCCCAGACGAUCCUCUACCUGCAUACCCCCGACCCGGUCAAGAUCGGGCUAUACUCGCUUCCUUCUGGCUUCGGCCAACUCAUCGGCGGCUGCCUCGUGCCCGCCCUCGUCCACUACAUCAAGCGCGUCAACUACCAGCUCAUCUUCGCCGUCUUCAUGCAGACCCUCUUCUUCGGGCUCGCCGCGCUCAUCACCCCAACCAACAUCAACUGGCUCAUGGCCGCGCAAUUCCUCGCCAUGUUCCCCUUCGGCUGGAUCACGCUGAACUGCUACACGACCGCCUCGCUCAACGUGCCCCAGCGCGACCUCGGCGUCGCCAUCGGCCUCAUAGGAACCUUCCGCUCCGUCGGCGGGUCCAUCGGCUCCGUCAUCUUCUCGUCCGUGUUCGAUCAGACCGCCGAGAAGGAAGUAGCUAAGCGCAUCGGCGCGACGGCGCUCGCGGGUGGCGUGUCUGCCUCCAGCGUAGGCGAGCUCAUCGAGUCCGUCGACUUGAGUCUGCUGGGGAUCCCGGGGGGCGCGGCUAAGUUUCCGGAUAUCCCGUCUUCAGUGUAUGAUGCGUGUGUCACGGCGGCGCGGUAUGGAUAUGCGUACGGCUUUCGGAUUACUUGGCUGGCGUCUAUUCCGUUUGGUGUGGUUGCUAUUCUUUGCGCGGUAGCGGUUAAGGACCCGUCGAAGUACUUUACGAACCAUGUUGAGGUGCAUCUGGAGGGGAGGAAGGGGGUGCAGAAGGUUCAUGAGAAGGAGACGGAGGCUUAG